CUCAGAACCCCAACUUGCUCCAAAACAUCCAAAAUCCAUCAUCCUACCAACUUACAAAGUAACCAACCACACUGGAGCCUCUCGACAAUCAACAACUGUCAUCUUGACCGACUUGUUUUCCUUCCUUGCUCCUUCUUUGCACAUCCUCCCCGUCACCUGCCUCAAAAUCUGUCGCUUCCGUGAGCGAGAGCGAGAGCGAGCCUCGACUCAACCAAGCUACCAUCAAAAGUCCUUCCCACCGCACCUCGUCAUCGAACUCUUUGAACUCCAUCAUCCCUCCCUCCAUCCUGCAAACCGCUGAACGUGCUUCAAAUUCCACACCAAGUGCGAAUCAUCUUCUUCUCUCCCCUCCUCAACCACGAACCCUCAAUUGCAAACCUCCACAUUCUGAAACAUUCGAGUCCUUGCACCACAAGCCUCGGCGCAUUGUCAUAGCUCUCUUCGACUUUUCGUGCAAGCCCCAAACGCCACAUAACCCGAGACGAUUUGAUGACGCACUGAAGUAGUCACAAUCGGUAGAGACUCUUGGAGGCAGGGCCUGGCAGGCGGCUGGCGUGAGCCUGGAGUGCACCCUCAAGGUGACAAAAGAAGCACAAUCAUCGUGCCCUUACUAUAGCUCUCGCAGCGCCACCUCCACCUACAGACUAGGUUAGGAACUUGGGUGCGACCAAAGAUUCCUUCCAGGCCUCGGCAUCCCCAAUGGUCUUCACCUAGGUUGAUCUCAAGGCAAUGGAAAGUACCCAAGGAUUCGCCACAAGGGACGAGCUGUGGCGCAUUCAGGAAACCUUGAACGAUUUGUCAAGCACACAAGCCCAUCACGCAGACCGAAUCAUGCGAUUAGAGCAGAAAGCACUGGAUGGCUCACGAUCCACAAGAAGUCUCUGGGGUGCGGCAUCGCCUUUCCCAGGGACGUUGAGCUCAAGCCAGCACGACUCUGCCCUCAAUCCAGCUGCAGAGGCAUUCCGUAAUUUUGAUGCCGACCCGGGGACAAGUAUGAUGAGUUCGUUGACCUUGGACGCCGGAGACGACCCCCGAAGAGCUGCUGCCUCACGAGCCAAUUCGGUUCGGUUCGACGAAAGUGCUAACAAUCACUAUGGUUCAUCUCGGCAGUCUAUGGAGCUCCCUCAACGCACCGGAAGCGGGCUUGGUGGACACGCCAUGUCUGAACGAUCGCUGUCCCACCGCUCGGAUGGACGCGCCAGUGCAGUGGGAUUUGCACGGACAAACAGCUUUGGCUUGGAAUCGAGUCGCCUCCUGGGGUCCAUUCACAAUUCGCCCAGGGUGUCAUGUAACCCGCCUCCUGGCUUCUUCAUACUGAGCCCGUGUCCAUCCAUCAUCCGGUGCUGGUUAACCGAAACCUUCACCAACAGCAGUCUCCUUUAUGCGGCCAUUUGCACCGGAUCAGCCCAGUCGUCAGUGACAUUGUCGCUAGUAGAGAAGCUCAACCUGGCCGAUCUCAUUUUCGACGAUGGGGAUACGCGCUUCAUCAGACUCCCCGUCUACCUGACCGAAGCCAAGGUCCAUACGACUGCUGUGCGAUCUUCAAGUCCUAUGCCCCAGAUUCCCACGUUAUCUGUCAAGUUUGUCGUGGAUGAGAGCGAGGUCCCCAAUGAUGCAAUUCAGAUCGUCGUGGGCAGUGAUGUUCUGAGAUCACAUAAUGCGGAUAUCUUGUUCUCGCAAGACAAGCUGAUGAUUCUAGACGAGGACAGGAACCAACUUUCAAUACCUCUGGUUCGACCAGAAGACGAUGCGGUCUACAAAGAUCUCUCCACUGCCCCACGUGUGAGACCGGCCUCGGAUACGGCGAUGCUCCCCCCGCCCAUGUCUUCGAGUGGGCAAGGCGACAUUGGAGUUAUCGGUGGUCCUGGAAAGGUUGGCACGCGAACGGCAAAGUCGCCUAGCAUGGAUCACACGAGUGUAGAUCCUUCUGGUGGGGAUCUCUCAGCACAUAAAUCUGACCCAACGGAGGAGGCGCCCACGAGAACAAGUCUGGAUUAUAAUUCUUCACGAACCGCUGAUGACUCGAAAUCAACCACCGGGAGCGAGAAGUCGUUUACCACCCCUCAGUCGAAGACUAGCGCCCGUGUUUGGUCCAACUCGUGGCGAUCCACACCAUCUGGAACUGCUAGUACGGAAAGCGCUUCCAAACCGCCCCCGAGUUAUGCGAGGCCAAGCAGUUCCAGACAAAUGAAGGUCUUACGACCCUCAAAGUCAAUGGCCAGCGCCAAUCGAACUACAACGUCUACCGGAAGCCCUAGUACGAACGGGGCAGAAAAUGGCGUGCAGUCAAAGAAUGGACUUUCUGCCCGCCAACCGCAUCAGCCUGAUAUUGGAGACACCAAGUCAUCUACAGGGACUUCGACCAAGGCCAAUCCCGUUGGAUCAGGAACUGCAUUCGGAUGGUUGAACACUGGACCCAUUCGAAGAACCAGUGCGAACGACUAAAAUGGACAGGCAAGUUGGAGCAGCAGUGCUCUAGGUAUGGCUGGUGCGGGAUCCCAAGAUUAUGAUUCAGGAUCAAUGAGAAUGGUAGUAAAGCAACUCUUGUAUUGAAUGGGGUCGUUGAUUAGACCAUCUUGGAGCCAUUCCAAGAGACACAAAAAAGGACCAAAAAGGAGACUCGAUAAGAGGAGCAUCACUGCUUCAACUAGCC